AUGGCCAUUACCAACAAGUGGAAAAUAACAGACAAUGGACCAGCCAAAGAAUUCCUCAAAAUUAAAAUUACUCAUGACUGCCAGUCACAAAUGAUUAGUCUCAAUCAACCCUCCCCUGAAGCGAUGCAAGCAGCUCUCAAAGUUGUCAAGUAUCUAAACCAGACUAAGGAUGAGGUACUCAGUCUAGGAAAUAGUAAAGCCAAUGUCUCCCCAAUAGUCACAUACACAGAUGCAAACUGGGCCUCUGACCCAAAUACUGACUGA